AUGGACUCCCAAAUAUCGGACCAGAAGGAUUACAAUGCUAUAAUUCCCAUAAUAACGCGAUCUGUGGAGAAUGCGCUUAACACCUUUGGUCCCGACUCAAACCAGUAUCAGACUGUUCUCCAGAUUCUAAAAGAUUUUGUGCGAGAUAUUGAGAAGGGGAAACUUGAAGGAACUGUCAAUGAUCAAUCACUUGAUCCGGAUAUGCUGAGCGCUGCGAUGGGACUUCUUGAGAUCAAGUAG